CCAGCGGACCAUCUUGAAUUCCCCAACACACCAUUGUCCCCUGGGGAAACCUGUUGGUGAAGUCCUAGACAUCUUGUUCAAGAAGGGUUCUCCUGAGGUCACCUCAGCCAUCCCCCUGCCUAAAGGGAGGCUGUUUUGUGUUUCUUCCUAUGGUAUGAGCCUUUCUGCCAGGGAAGAUGAGGUCUGGGGAGGGAGAGUGGCUUGCAGGGGCUCCAAGGGUCCCGUGGGGGGAGGAUCCACGUGCUGAGUCCCAGACCUGGCAUUCCCACCUCUUUCUCGCUGGCAUUCAGCGGGGGUGAUGGUGAUGUCACAGUGUGGUGUGCUGGGCUCCAAGCAAAACAGACAGGGCGAGCAUGUGCAUCAUCAGUACCUGGGAAGGAAGGUCACCAGGAGAAGUGAGUCUGGUGGAAAGACUUGAAAGAGGGAAGGGAGGCACCUAGCCAGAUGGGGGCGGGGAAGACCAGGAUAAAACUGCUGUAGCGAGGACCAGAGGGAGAAGGCCCAAGCUGGCACUGGGGAGGGGUGCCCCUUCACCAUCCCCAACUCUGCUUCUCCCAAAGCUUGUCAAUCCCCCAGACAUGAACCAGCCCAGGCCCCGCUACGUGGUAGACAGAGCAGCAUACUCCCUCACCCUCUUUGAUGAUGAGUUUGAGAAGAAGGACCGGACGUACCCAGUGGGAAAGAAACUUCGCGAUGCCUUCAGAUGUUCCUCAGCCAAGAUCAAAACUGUGGUGUUUGGGCUGUUUCCUGUGCUUUCCUGGCUCCCCAAGUACAAGAUCAAAGACUACAUCAUCCCUGACCUGCUUGGCGGACUCAGUGGUGGAUGUAUCCAGGUCCCACAAGGCAUGGCAUUUGCUCUGCUGGCCAACCUUCCCGCAGUCAAUGGCCUCUACUCGUCUUUCUUCCCCCUGCUGACCUACUUCUUCCUGGGCGGCGUGCACCAGAUGGUGCCAGGUACCUUUGCCGUUAUCAGCAUCCUGGUGGGUAACAUCUGUCUGCAGCUGGCCCCAGAGUCGAAAUUUCGGGUCUUCAACAACGCCACCAAUGAGAGCUACGUGGACACGGCGGCCAUGGAGGCAGCAAGGCUGCAUGUGUCAGCCACACUAGCCUGCCUGACUGCCAUCAUCCAGAUGGGUCUGGGCUUCAUGCAGUUCGGCUUUGUGGCCAUCUACCUCUCUGAGUCCUUCGUCAGGGGCUUCAUGACGGCUGCCGGCCUGCAGAUCCUGAUCUCAGUGCUCAAAUAUGUCUUUGGACUGACCGUCCCCUCCUACGCAGGCCCAGGGGCCAUUGUCUUUACCUUCAUUGACAUUUGCAAAAACCUCCCCAACACCAACAUGGCAUCGCUCAUCUUCGCCCUCAUCAGCGGCGUCUUCCUGGUGCUGGUGAAGGAGCUGAACGCUCGCUACAUGCACAAGAUCCACUUCCCCAUCCCCACGGAGAUGAUUGUGGUAGUGGUGGCGACGGCUAUCUCUGGGAGCUAUAAGAUGCCCAAAAAGUACCACAUGCAGAUCGUGGGAGAGAUUCAACGUGGGUUCCCCACUCCAGUGUCACCUGUGGUUUCUCAGUGGAAGGACAUGAUUGGCACAGCCUUCUCUCUAGCCAUCGUGAGCUACGUGAUCAACCUGGCUAUGGGCCGGACCCUGGCCAACAAACAUGGCUAUGACGUGGAUUCUAAUCAGGAAAUGAUCGCCCUGGGCUGCAGCAACUUCUUUGGCUCCUUCUUUAAAAUCCAUGUCAUCUGCUGUGCUCUCUCCGUCACCCUGGCUGUGGAUGGAGCUGGAGGAAAAUCCCAGGUGGCAAGCCUCUGUGUGUCGCUGGUGGUGAUGAUCACUAUGCUGGUCCUGGGGUCCUAUUUGUCCCCUCUCCCCAAGUCUGUGCUAGGAGCCUUGAUAGCUGUCAACCUCAAGAACUCCCUCAAGCAACUCACUGACCCUUACUAUCUGUGGAGGAAGAACAAGCUGGACUGCUGCGUCUGGGUGGUGAGCUUCCUCGCCUCCUUUUUCCUGAGCCUGCCAUAUGGUGUGGCAGUGGGCGUCGCCUUCUCUGUUCUGGUUGUGGUCUUCCAGACCCAGUUUCGAAAUGGCUGUGCUCUGGCCCAGGUUAUGGACACUGACAUUUAUGUGAAUCCCAAGACCUACAAUAGGGUCCGGGAGACUGCAGGGGUUAAGAUCGUCACUUACUGCUCCCCCCUCUACUUUGCCAACUCAGAGAUCUUCAGGCAAAAAGUUAUUGCCAAGACAGGUGUGGACCCCCAGAAAGUAUUACUGGCCAAGCAAAAAUACCUCAAGAAGCAGGAGAUGGGGAGAAAGAUGCCCACCCAACACAAGAAAUCUCUAUUCAUGAAAACCAAGACUGUCUCCCUGCAGGAGCUCCAGCAGGACUUUGAGAACGCCUCUCCCACUGACCCCAACAACAACCAGAAGCCCACUAACGGUGCCAGCGUAUCCUACAUCACCUUCAGCCCUGACACCUCCUCAGGUGCCCACUGUGAGCUACCAGCCUCAGCUGAGUCCCCCAGUGACACCCUGGCCAGUGUCCCACCCUUUGUCACCUUCCAUACCCUCAUCCUCGACAUGAGUGGAGUCAGCUUUGUGGACCUCAUGGGCAUCAAAGCCCUGGCCAAGUUGGGCUCCACCUUCGGGAAGAUCGGUGUGAAGGUCUUCUUGGUGAACAUUCAUGCCCAGGUGUACAACGACAUUAGCCAUGGAGGUGUCUUUGAAGACGGGGGUCUAGAGCGCAGCCACAUCUUCCCUAGCAUACAUGAUGCAGUCCUCUUUGCCCAGGCAGGCACCAGAGAUGUGGCCCCAGGACACAGCUUCCAAGGGGCUCCAGUGGACCCCGAGCUCUCUUUGUACGAUUUAGAGGAAGACAGCCCCAGCUACUGGAACUUGGAGCAGGAAAUGUUUGGGAGCAUGUUUCACACAGAGACUCUGACUGCCCUGUGAGGACCCGGCUGGUUCCCAAGCUACCUCCACAGUGCCUGGCACCUGGGACUUGAUGGAGGGUGAGCACAGAGCCGCAGGGAGUGGCGGGUAGGAGAGACUGCAUUCACCAGGACUUUGGCUCCUCUCUACCCAACUCCUCCUCCUCUUCUCUCCUUCCCCUGCCUCCCUCCUGGCAUCUCUAGAAAAAGCCAAUCUCAGCAGCAUGGAGAGACUGCUCUUACAGGAGUAAGGGCCUGGGAACCCAUCUCUCCACCCUACCCCUGAUCAUCAGGGACCUGGCCAGCUGUGAGCAAGCUUCCUGCCCCCUCCACUGCACCCACCCAGGCCCUGCCUGUGACAGCUGACAGAAUCCUGAACUUCUAGGGUUCUAGAGUGAGCCAAGAACAGAAGAGAAAGCAUGACUGUGCUGACUUGGAGCAUAAGCCUUGACGGUAUCCUUGGACCUGUGUGACUUGGCGGUGGAGGAUGUCAAGCUGCCACAGGGUACAGGUACCCUGGCUGCAGCCAUGGGGAUUCAUAACCACCAGGCACUGAAGUUGGUUAGGACUCUGUGGCUUACCCCCUCCAGCUGCCCCAACGGUUCCCCUGGCAGCUCCUCACCUCUGGAGCCACAUCCUCCCCACCAGCCUGGAGACUCUGUCCCUUUCCUCUUCACCCCAAGGCUGCUGAGACCUCCACUGCGAUGUAGCACAUACACUCUAGCUUGGGGAGUGGCCAGAGUCCUCAAGACCACCAGAGCUAUCUCUCCAGGGCCAGCCCCCACAAGGCAGCUGUCUCAGCCUCCUGAAAUAUUAACGGUGCCCCUGCCCUCAGGGGCCACACCUUCCUCUGGAGGCUGGGUAAAAACCAAAACCAAACCCACUGCCGUCGAGUCGGUUCCGACUCAUAGCGACCCUAUAGGACACGGUAGAACAGCCCUGUAGAGUUUCCAAGGAGUGGCAGGUGGACUGGAACUGCCAACCUUUUGUUUAGCAGCCGUAACUCUUAACAACUACGCCACCAGGGAGGCUGGGUAAGAGGAACCCAAAAAGGGAGAAAAUUCUGCCACUGGCAGAAUCCUCUGGCAACCUACCAAUAGUUACCAGUCAUUUUGCACAAAGGCUUUUGGAAAUCCCUCUUUGUACCUGAAAGUGCCAACCCAGGGCAAGCUGGUGGGAGCUGGGUUCUAACAGUUCCCCUGACCUCAGGACCCAUCAGGGAAAUGUCUCCUCUCCUCAGAAAAUCUGCCUUUGACUUCACUUGGGAAAGACCCAAUCAUUUGGCUUAUCAGCUCCUGACCCAGGACCGCCUUCCAAAGAGGAUGCCCUCUAGGGACCAGCUGAGUCCCCACCUGGGUGCAGACCAUGGAGAGGGGCUGAUCCAGGUGGGGGGCUUGCUCCUCAGGGAUUCCCUAACAAACUCAGGACCUGGGGCCAUCAACUUCUAGGAAAUCCGAGAAUAGAGGUCAAGUUCUCUAUGUAUAGGGAGGGAACUAGAAGAAACCCCAUUGUUAACUUGAAAAUAAAUAGGUUCUACGUGCAAGCGUUUUGUAAAAUUUCCAUGCAAAUCCACAGAAAACCUUCUGGCCUCUCCCCACUGCUUCUCCCAAUCUCCUUCAACUUAACGGCCCGUGCCUUAUCAGGUUGGGCUGACCCAGCCUGGAAAAAGUGGCCCAUUCCUACCUUCUGCCUGACCUGUAUUGUAUGUCUGCGUGUUGAGUGAACCAGUCUGCUAGCAAGUCUUCUAACAGGAGUGGGUACUGGCAAAGGGCCAACACAUUCUUGGCCUAAGAGUAUUGCUUCUCUCUGAAUUCAUUAUGCCAUCUGGCUGCCAAUGGAACUCAAAACUUGGAAACGGAAGACAAUGUUAUCUGGGAUUCACCAUGCCCAGCACCCAAAGUGCAGAUUCCAGGAGGACAAGAACUUUAGCCAAUGACAACUCACCCUCCCCUACUCCACCUCCUUCAAAGUCCAGCUGAGGCCCAGGAGUCGGCGGUAGGUCACAGAGUCUCCAGACAUUCCAAGUCAGAGGCCCCCUUUGAGCCAAGUAUCUAGACUUCUUCAGGACUUGAUGAAGUGACCAUUAACCCCUAGGCCAGCCCCGGAAUUAAAGGGGCUUUUUGAUUCAUGACAUGGAGUCGGUCAGGGCUUAGGGGGAAUCUUACAACAUGCCCAAGGGUAUAAAGUACUUACAGAGCUCACUGUAGAGGUAAGAUUGGAAGCACAUGGGGCAGAGGAGAGACAUCAAAGAAAACUUCACUGCUGGAAUAUUUUGGAAAGAACACAAACAAAUUCACAUAGACCACUCUUCUGGACAUGAUAGAGGCAGGAGGAGGGAGCAAUAUAGUAAAAGAAUCCAGAAUUUCAAUGCUUUUGAAUGUUCUUACUGAUACUAACCUGUGAUGACGUUGUUCCUGGGGCUGACCGGGACUCUUGAGAUAUUUGUGUAAUUUAUUUAAUUUAAAUGCCAUUCUUCUUUUGCUCAUUUUGGUAAUAAAGUGGUUUUGAAAUGUGAAUCAAUGGUGUGUUUGAGUGGUUUUGUGGAGAGGCAAAAAAGAACCACCCCCACGUAGUCUUGAUUAGUGCUAUCCCGAUGAGGGGGGAGCAAAGAGGAUAUAAGAUCUCUUCAUGAGUCUCCCAGCUCCCGUCUAGCUAUUAGACACUCCUGGGAGUGAAGAAGCUUCCAGGACCCAGCUAAAGAGCCUUUAAAGGUGUGGGAAAUGAGACGGGCCUGAGGGAUCCACGUACUCGGGAUCGGUUCCCAGAGUCAGCUCUGGCUUUUAUGGCUAUGUUGUCAUUAUUAAUCAGCUCCAAUGGUGACUUUAUAUAUAACAGAACAAAAUAUUGCCCAGUCGUGUGCCAUCUUCAUGAUCAUUGGUAUAUUCUAGUUCAUUGUUCUGGCUAUUGGGUCAAUCUAUCUCCUUGAGUGUUUCCCUCAU